UGGCAAAGGCCAAUGAGGCUGUGACUUCUCCAAUAAACAAACAAACACUCUUAGUAAGCUAAUCAAAAUGCCUUUAUUUAGUAAUAAGUUUACUCCUAAAACAAUUCCUGUGCGAAGAACGGAUACAUCGGUGAUAAAGAAGGAAUUUGGUAGUGACUACGCGUCUAAAGAGCUUUCGUUGGAGUUGAGUCCACCAAAAAUAAAGCUUGGGGACUUUGAGGUCACUUUUGAAGAUGGACAAUGGAUACCAGCAUCGGGCAAAGCCGGUGCAGCUCACAAAGAAAUAAUAAGACUAAAGAACGAGCUAGAACAGUUAGAGGAGGAGAACAACAUGCUGCGUCUCAAGUUCGAGAUAUUGUUAGACAUGAUGACAGACAAGACUGUGGAGGCGGAGCAAGCGGAGAUACAGAGAGCGCAGAGCCUGAGCUCGCUUAAGCAGAAGAGUAAAAAGCAGAAAUGGUAGCAUGUACGCAGAUUAUGCCACCUAUCCUAUUUCUUUGUCUCUGUCUUGCGAAUCACAUUUUGCUUAAUGAGAGAGAGAGGCGCAAUGACAUUGGACAGGUGGAAUACCAACCUAACCCCGGCUACACACGUAACGAUAAAUCGUAGCGAUUAAACU